AGGGUCUCACUAGAAUGAAAUCCCCAAAUCCUCCGUAUAUACACAAGAAAAUUGAUUUGAGUCAGUUGACUGGUUGUAAUAGGGACACUUUGACGUGGCCCAAUAAACCCAUUGCCCUCAUUUUGACUAACGUACAGCGCCUUCUUUGAAACUUCGUGACCGAUAUACGAGAGAAUGCCCCUUCAGUAGGGACGCUUAUCUGUUCCGUCUCAUGUUCCAUCUUUCUCUUCCUCGUCCGACCCUUCUCUGCUUCACAACUGAUAGAUAUCUAAGGUAGUUUAAUGUUUGUUUGGUCUCGGAUUCAGCUUGAGACAUAAAAGAGACAGCGAAGCUUCUUAUGGAUCCAAGUUUUGAUGGAUUGCCUGAUUUCACAAAUGGUUUCUUGUUCAAGGACCAAACCAUCUCACCCAAUUCCAAUCUAGUCCCUGUUUACAAAUUGAAUGUACCCUCCCCGGACCUUAUAACCUUCCUCGACAAUCCAUUUCCGCCACCUAAUCUGGGCACCGGCGAUUUCGAUGUGCCAAUCACAGUGGACGUUGCAGCUGCUGAUAGCUUGAGCCCGCCGUCUAUGGGUACGAGUCGUGGGGGAGAAUCGUCCCCGGACGACAGCGAGUUCUCGGAGACUGUUCUCAAGUACAUAAGCCAGAUACUUAUGGAAGAGAACAUAGAGGAAAAACCCUGCCUGUUUUUUGACCCAUUGGGUCUCCAAGUCACCGAGAAAUCGUUCUAUGAUGCUCUCGGCCAGAAAUACCCUCCUUCACUUAAUCAAUGCCACCCACGACCUUAUAUCAAUCAUAACGUUGAUAGCCCUGAUGAUGUUCUUUCUGGAAGUAGUAGUGGUGGUGAUUAUGUUACUAGUAGUAGUUCUAGCACUAGCACAAGCUCUGAUCCUCAUAUUUUGGCUCAAAACAUUUUUAUUGAUAGUGAAUCUGUGUUGCAAUUUAGAAGAGGGUUAGAGGAAGCUAGUAAAUUCCUUCCUAGGGGUAAUCCGUUGGUUGUUGAUUUGGAGAGUAGCAGAGAAAGCAAGGAGGAGAAGGGCGAGAGGGAGAAUUUCCGGGAGGGGUCGAGGGGAAGGAAGAAUCAUGGGAGGGAAGAUAUAGAUUUAGAAGAAGGGAGGAAUAGUAAGCAGUCUGCUGUUUAUGUGGAUGAGACUGAACUAUCUGAGAUGUUGGAUGAUGCACUUUCUGCGCUAUGUAGUAACUAUAGAUCCUUGCAGAAUAAAGAAAGCAAGGCCUCUCAUCAGCCAAAUGUUGAUUUGCCGAAGAAGGUUCAUGCUAAGAAACAGGGCAAGAAGAAGGAUACGGUUGAUUUGCCGACCCUUUUGAUUCAUUGCGCACAAGCUGUCUCAGCCGGCGACAGUAGAACCUCUAAUGAGUUGCUGAAGCAGAUUAGGCAGCAUUCUUCCCCUUUUGGUGAUGGGUCUCAGAGAUUGGCACAUUUCUUUGCUAAUGGACUUGAAGCACGCUUGGCUGGCACCGGCAACGGCGGCAAAGGAACUCAAAAGUUUUAUUCUUGCUUGGUUUCCAAUAGGAUUUCAGCUUCUGAAAUAUUGAAAGCUUACAAAGUUCAUCUUUCAGCCUGCCCUUUCAAGAGGAUCAUGCUAAUGUUUGCUGUCAGAAUGAUUUGUAAAGUAGCAGAGAACGCAAAAAGUCUUCAUAUUAUAGACUUUGGUAUUGGAUAUGGUUUCCAGUGGCCAAUUCUGAUUCAGAAACUCUCGGAAAGAGCUGGAGGACCUCCCAAGCUACGUAUUACAGGGAUAGAGGAUACCCAGCCCGGAUUCCGUCCGACAGAGCAAAUUGAGGAUACCGGUCGUCGCCUGGCAAAGUAUUGCGAGCGGUAUAACGUUCCUUUUGAGUACCAUGCCAUAGCAUCACACAAUUGGGAAGCUAUCAAAAUUGAGGAAUUGAAGAUUGACCAGAAUGAGAUGCUUGCUGUGAACUGUUUCCUCUGUUUUAAGAACCUACUUGAUGAGACGGUUGAAGAGACCAGUCCACGGAAUGCGGUUUUGGGGUUAAUCAAGAGGAUGAAUCCCGAUAUUUUUGUCCAUUCUAUUGUUAAUGGAUCCUACAACGCUCCCUUCUUUGUCACGCGGUUCAGAGAGGCACUUUUCCAUUUCUCUGCAUUGUAUGACACGUUUGAUGUUACAAUAUCCAGAGAAAACCCAGAAAGAUUGAUGUUCGAGAGAGAGUUCUAUGGGAGGGAGGCUAUGAAUGUAGUUGCAUGCGAGGGCUUAGAGAGGGUCGAGAGGCCGGAGACGUACAAGCAGUGGCAGGUCCGGACAACGAGGGCUGGUUUCAGGCAGCUUCCAUUGGACAGAGAGCUCAUGAACGUAUUCACUUCUAAGCUGAAGGAUUGCUACCACAAGGAUUUUGUGCUCGAUGAAGACAACCGCUGGUUGCUUCAAGGGUGGAAGGGCCGGAUUGUCUAUGCUUCCUCUUGCUGGGUGCCGGCGGCAUAGGAAUCUUGUACACCGAGUUCUUGAGAAGCUUGUGGCAAGGAUAGUUUAGGAAAUUUACCGAGGAUUAUCCUAUGUAAAUUAAUUUUCUUUUGUUUUUAUGAUUUUAUCACUUUGUUUGGUACAUGCGCGUGUAUGUAUAAACAUGACCAUGUAAUAUGUAUGCCUGAAAUAUGAGCUUAAUUGUCGCUUUAGUUAUCUUAAUUUGAUGUUAACAUGCAA